UGAGAUUAGGUGCCUGGUGGUCAACCUCAUCCAUCCAACCAGACUCUGGAGGAACAUCCAUGUUUCAAAGGGUACGUGCGCAAACAUGAACUGAGACUUGGCACUUGUUAGUCUAUUCAAUAAACUUGUACCAGAUGAGCUAAGCUGUGGCCUCUUGUCAGUAAAUGCCAGUCCUCUGGAGUGAAACGGUUUAGAUUAGAGCACAGUCAUGGCCGACAGAGGUCCAGAGGAAGUUGAGGACUUGCCAGCACUGUUAGUUUUGUUUUUUCUCUUCUUUCUCUGGCAGCACUAAACUAUGUUUUCUCAAAACAGAAUGAGACGGAAACUAUUGGCAGGCAGAGCUUCUUAAGAGAGGAGGGGGAAAAGAAACAUGUUUUAUUUCUUUGGCAGACAAACCAAUUAAGAUGGUACUGUGUUAUGACAGAUUACUGAGUAAUUAAUGCCUAAUUGAGCAUUUUUUGAGAUAUGCUUCUGUGAAAUGACAAGACUGUGUUUGGACCAGCCACACCUCCCACUUGAAUAAACCUUCCCCAAACUGCGUACGGUAGCGCACUGCACACAUGGAACCCCAAAACUAAAUAGAAGAUUUUUAAAAUUUUACUAUUAUUAUUAUUUAAAUCUCUGAGAGCUGGGCUGAAAGAAUUAACUUGGCAGGAAGAUCCUAACAUUGAAAAUCCUCUCGGGAUUUCAUGCUUUCCUCGUUUGUAAGAAAAAUCCAUUUUCCAUGAGGUAUUUUUAGCUCAUGUAUUCCCUGCUGCCCUAUUCUCUUUCAGUAUACCAUUAGAUCUUGAGGCCAUUCCAGAUGGGUCACGUGAUUUCUAAGUAUCCCUCGUUAGUUGCCCCCUAAGUGACUAGUCCUCCAGAAGUCAGGGACUACUAGACAAUUCACUACCAGAGAUCUCAGUAUGUUUCUGCAAAGCUUCGGUUCUUAUUGAUAGGAUGUUAAAAUGUUUUCCAGCUGUUUCUAAGAGGUCAGCUUGGCAGAGUGCACCGAGUGACCUUGGAUAGAGAGAGAUUUUUUUUUUCAGUACUGUAAACCGCCUAUGUAAAUAUAAAAAUGUAUUAGGCUGCAGAACUGUGUGUGUGGGAAUGGAACAACUACGCCUUUGAGAAGAAAUAAUGGAGAACACUGGCAUCUUUCCCAUGGACUGUUAUCGCAUGCAUACUUUUUGAUAAACCGUCUUGAUUCUGGGUACUCUACAUUUCUGAUGCUGAUUUCUUUUCUGGAAUUUAUGCAAAGUAAAACCCCAACAGCUUAAUGAGGUAACCAAAAAAAAAAACUUUCUUCAGAAAGCGUUUACAUGUUUUAACCUAUCACCAGUCAAUCAAUACACUGCCCAUUCGCCUUGGGAGAAAAAAAGUCAGCAUGAAGUCCGAUUUUCAGUUGUUUAAUUUGAAGAAUGAUUUAUGGUGUGUGUGUGUGUGUGUGUGUGUGUGUGUGUGUGUGUGUGUGUGUGUAGGAAAGAUGUAUUUAUCCAAAGCUCUAAAGCAAGAAUCCAAGACAGUAAUUGUGAUAAAAAGAAACCACGCUUUCAAACUACACCGAGAAACUGGAUGAAGCGCUCCGAUGUUGAGUGUGUUCAGUUUCCGUGGAUCAAAUCUUUCCCAUCUCUGCAUCCAAGCUAUUUGACCGUGAUCAGAUGAUCAGAGCUCAAGGAAGUGAUUGGAGGGUGAGCUGGCUGCAGCUGCUGCCGUGUAGGCUCGUUCUCAGGGACAAGGAGCCACUGUUUUUCAAACAUCACAUCGACAUAGAAGUUAUUCUGUAGGCUCCAGGAUGCAGCGAUGGGCUGCGCUCCCAGCAUUGUUCUGCUCCAAGCUUUUCGCUCUGUGGUCCAGAGGAGCUGUCCACACAUUUGCAGAAGACGCCAGGAGGAACCAUCCCAUGAAAUCGUGCCUCUGGAAAGUGACGAGGAAAUGAUGAGCAGACCCAGAACCCUCAUAAUGCAGGAAAAGCCCAGGCUUUUGGAGCCUUUGGAUUAUGAAACUGUCAUUGAAGAACUUGAAAAGACUUACCGGGAUGAUGCUCUUCAGGACCUUCUGUUCUUCCCCAGUGAUGACUUCUCAACAGCCACGGUUUCUUGGGAUAUCCGAACACUAUAUUCCACGGUACCAGAAGAAGCAGAGCACAGGGCAGAAAGUUUGCUGGUGAAAGAGGCUUGUAAAUUCUACAGUUCCCAGUGGUAUGUGGUAAACUACAAAUAUGAACAAUAUUCUGGAGACAUUCGACAGUUACCCAGAGCAGAACACAAGCCAGAGAAACUUCCUUCACAUUCCUUUGAGGUUGACCAUGAAGACGCUGAUAAGGAUGAAGACACCACAUCCCACUCAUCAUCCAAGGGCGGAGGGGGCGCUGGAGGAACUGGUGUGUUCAAGUCUGGCUGGCUCUACAAGGGGAAUUUUAACAGCACUGUGAACAAUACCGUCACUGUCCGGUCAUUCAAAAAGCGCUACUUCCAGCUGACCCAGUUGCCUGACAACUCCUACAUCAUGAACUUUUACAAAGACGAGAAGAUAUCCAAAGAGCCCAAGGGCUGCAUCUUUUUGGAUUCCUGCACAGGCGUGGUGCAGAAUAACAGGCUGAGGAAAUAUGCUUUUGAAUUGAAAAUGAACGACCUGACCUAUUUCGUGCUGGCAGCUGAAACAGAGUCAGACAUGGACGAGUGGAUCCACACCCUUAACCGCAUCCUGCAGAUCAGUCCUGAGGGCCCACUCCAGGGAAGGAAGAGUGCAGAGCUUGCCGAGCUGGGGCUAGAUCCACUGGAUAAUUCUGUGGCUUGUGAAUGUACCCUGGAGGAAACAGAUUCUUCAGAGAACAGCCUACAUCCUGACUUCGCCAAAUACCUCACAGAAACCGAAGACACUGUCAAAACAACUCGAAACACGGACAGGCUCAAUCUGUUCUCCCUGGACCCGGAUAUAGACACCCUGAAGCUUCAAAAAAGGGACCUUUUUGAACACGAGUUUAUGAUCAAACCCUUUGAAGAGAAAGCUGCCAAAAGAAUUAUGAUCAUCUGUAGAGCUCUCAACUUAAAUCUUCAGGGAUGCGUCACCGAGAACGAAAAUGAUCCUGUAACCAAUAUUGAGCCCUUUUUUGUGAGUGUGGCGCUUUACGACCUCAGAGAUAACAGGAAGAUCUCUGCGGAUUUCCACACGGACCUAAAUCACCCUGCUGUCCGGCAGAUGCUCUCUGGGGCCCCACCAGCCUUGGAAAACGGCAAUAUUGACCCUGGCACACUGAGACAAUCAGAAGAACCUCACAUAAAGGGCCUUCCAGAGGAAUGGUUAAAAUUCCCAAAGCAGGCUAUCUUCUCUGUGAGUGAUCCACACUCUGAAAUUGUUUUGGUGGCCAAAGUCGAAAAAGUCUUAAUGGGAAACAUCGGAAGUGGUACUGAACCUUACAUCAAGAAUCCAGACUCCAACAAGUUUGCACAGAAGAUUCUAAAAUCCAACAGGCAGUUCUGCAGCAAAUUGGGGAAAUAUCGGAUGCCAUUUGCUUGGGCAGUGAGAUCUGUAUUUAAGGACAACCAGGGGAACGUGGACAGGGACUCAAGAUUUUCACCAUUGUAUAGACAAGAAAGUAACAAAAUAUCAUCCGAGGACCUCCUAAGACUGGUAUCAGACUACAGAAGAGCUGACCGGAUAAGCAAAAUGCAGACCAUCCCUGGAAGCCUGGAUAUUGUUGUGGACAACAUUCCCUUGGAGCAGCCAAACUGUGUAACAUCGUCCUUUAUCCCUGUCAAGCCCUUCGACGUGAUGGCUCAGUCAGAACCUACAGUGGAAGUGGAAGAAUUUAUUUACGACUCAACAAAGCAUUGUCGUCCAUACAGAGUAUACAAAAAUCAAAUUUAUGUCUACCCCAAACAUCUCAAGUAUGAUAGCCAGAAAUGCUUCAACAAGGCACGAAAUAUAACUGUGUGCAUUGAAUUCAAAAAUUCAGAUGAUGAUGGAGCCAGACCCAUGAAGUGUAUUUAUGGAAAACCUGGAGGGCCCCUCUUCACUUCUGCCGCCUACACAGCUGUGCUUCACCAUUCUCAAAAUCCAGAUUUUUCUGAUGAGGUGAAAAUUGAGCUACCAACACAACUCCAUGGAAAACACCACCUUUUGUUCUCUUUUUACCACAUCACAUGUGACAUCAAUGCCAAAGCCAACGCCAAAAAGAAAGAGGCUCUGGAGACGUCAGUGGGGUAUGCUUGGCUUCCGCUGAUGAAACAUGACCAAAUCGCUUCUCAGGAGUAUAACAUCCCGAUAGCAACAACCCUGCCUCCUAAUUACUUAAGCAUUCAAGAUCCUGCAAGUGCAAAGCAUGGUGGAAGUGACAUCAAAUGGGUCGAUGGUGGCAAACCACUCUUCAAAGUGUCAACAUUUGUUGUAUCAACAGUGAACACUCAAGACCCACAUGUGAAUGCAUUUUUCCGUCAGUGCCAAAAAAGAGAAAAAGACAUGUCUCAGUCCCCUACCUCGAGUUUUGUCCGCGCCUGUAAGAACUUGCUGAAUGUGGACAAGAUCCACUCAAUCAUGAGUUUCCUGCCUAUCAUCCUGAACCAGCUCUUCAAAAUUCUAGUGCAGAACGAGGAAGAUGAAAUCACUGGGACCGUCACCAGGGUUCUGGCUGACAUUGUGGCCAAGUGUCAUGAGGAGCAACUAGACCAUUCUGUCCAGUCAUACAUUAAGUUUGUAUUCAAGACCAGGUCCUACAAAGAGAGAACGAUACAUGAGGAAUUGGCUAAAAAUCUGAGUGAUCUUUUGAAGUCAAAUGAUUCAACAAUAGUCAAGCAUGUUCUAAAGCAUUCUUGGUUCUUCUUUGCCAUUAUUCUAAAAUCAAUGGCACAGCACUUGAUUGACACCGAUAAAAUCCAGCUUCCCAGAGCUCAAAGAUUCCCUGAGUCUUACCAAAGUGAACUAGACAACCUGGUGAUGGGCCUGUGCGACCACGUGAUUUGGAAAUGCAAGGAUGCCCUUGAAGAAACCAAAAGGGCGAACCACAGUGUGGCCCGAUUCCUUAAGCGCUGCUUUACGUUUAUGGACCGGGGAUUCGUGUUUAAGAUGGUCAACAAUUACGUCAGCAUGUUCUCUUCCGGUGAGUUCAAGACUUUAUGCCAAUAUAAGUUUGAUUUCCUUCAGGAAGUUUGUCAACAUGAACAUUUUAUCCCUCUGUGUCUCCCCAUAAGAUCUGCGAACAUUCCAGAUCCCUUGACACCCUCGGAAUCAAUUCAAGAGUUACAUGCAUCAGAUAUGCCUGAAUACUCGGUCACAAAUGAAUUUUGCCGCAAACACUUCUUAAUCGGAAUUCUUCUCCGAGAAGUUGGCUUCGCCCUGCAGGAGGACCAAGACAUCAGGCACUUAGCUUUGGCCGUCCUAAAAAAUCUAAUGGCUAAGCAUUCUUUUGACGAUCGAUACAGGGAACCCAGGAAGCAGGCACAGAUAGCAAGUCUGUACAUGCCGCUGUAUGGCAUGCUCCUGGACAAUAUGCCAAGAAUCUACCUGAAGGACCUGUAUCCUUUCACCGUGAAUACAUCCAAUCAGGGAUCUAGAGAUGACCUCAGCACUAAUGGAGGAUUUCAGACUCAGACGUCCAUGAAACAUGCAACUUCUGUGGAUACAUCAUUUUCCAAAGAUGUUUUAAAUUCCAUAGCAGUGAACCACGCAGAUUCCAGAGCAUCCUUAGCGAGCCUGGACUCCAACCCGAGCACCGCAGAGAAGAGUAGUGAGAAGACAGACAACUGUGAAAAGAUCCCAAGGCCCUUGUCUUUGAUUGGGUCAACGCUUCGGUUUGACAAAUUAGAUCAAGCAGAAACCAGGAGUCUUCUCAUGUGUUUCCUUCAUAUUAUGAAGACCAUUUCAGAUGAGACUCUGAUUGCCUACUGGCAGAGAGCACCCAGUCCAGAGGUGUCAGACUUCUUCAGCAUCUUGGAUGUUUGUCUUCAGAAUUUUAGAUACCUGGGGAAACGCAAUAUAAUAAGGAAAAUCGCAGCAGCAUUUAAGUUUGUGCAGUCCACCCAGAACAAUGGAACUCUAAAGGGAUCUAAUCCUUCCUGCCAGACAUCAGGUCUCUUGCCACAAUGGAUGCACACCACUUCCGGUCAUGAGGGCCAUAAGCAGCACAGAUCUCAGACCUUACCUAUCAUCCGAGGCAAAAAUGCACUUUCCAACCCCAAACUCUUACAGAUGCUGGACAACACCAUGAACAGCAACUCCAACGAAAUAGACAUUGUCCACCAUGUAGACACCGAGGCCAACAUAGCCACCGAGGUCUGCCUCACCAUUCUGGACCUGCUGUCUCUCUUCACCCAGGUCCACCAGAGACAGCUCCAACAAUCCGACUGUCAAAACUCACUCAUGAGAAGGGUCUUUGAUACGUACAUGCUGUUUUUCCAAGUCAACCAGUCAGCCUCAGCCCUGAAACACGUGUUUGCUUCUUUGAGGCUGUUCGUGUGCAAGUUCCCUUCAGCGUUUUUCCAAGGGCCUGCUGACCUCUGCGGCUCGUUCUGCUAUGAAGUCCUAAAAUGCUGUAACCACAGGUCACGGUUGACGCAGAUGGAAGCCUCAGCCCUUCUGUACUUCUUCAUGAGGAAGAACUUUGAAUUUAACAAGCAGAAGUCAAUUGUCAGGUCUCACUUACAACUCAUCAAAGCAGUGAGCCAGUUAAUAGCUGAUGCGGGGAUUGGAGGGUCUCGCUUUCAACACUCCCUCGCGAUCACCAACAACUUUGCCAAUGGAGAUAAACAGAUGAAAAACAGCAAUUUCCCAGCAGAGGUGAAAGAUCUGACUAAGCGUAUAAGGACUGUUUUGAUGGCGACAGCCCAGAUGAAGGAGCAUGAGAAGGACCCCGAGAUGCUGGUGGACCUCCAGUAUAGCCUUGCAAACUCCUAUGCAAGUACCCCUGAGCUCCGGAGGACCUGGCUGGAAAGCAUGGCCAAGAUUCAUGCAAGAAAUGGAGACCUGUCUGAGGCUGCUAUGUGUUACAUCCAUAUAGCCGCGCUUAUCGCAGAAUACCUGAAGCGCAAGGGUUACUGGAAAAUGGAAAAGAUUUGCACACCACCCCUGCUACCAGAAGACACCCACCCCUGUGAUAGCAACUUAUUACUAACAACUCCGGGCGGAGGAAGCAUGUUCUCGAUGGGAUGGCCAGCCUUUCUGAGCAUCACCCCAAACAUUAAAGAAGAGGGAGCAAUGAAAGAGGAUUCUGGGAUGCAAGACACCCCGUACAACGAGAAUAUCCUGGUGGAGCAACUGUACAUGUGCGUUGAGUUCCUUUGGAAGUCUGAACGAUACGAACUCAUCGCUGAUGUCAAUAAACCCAUCAUCGCGGUCUUCGAAAAGCAACGGGACUUCAAAAAAUUAUCGGACCUCUAUUAUGAUAUCCACCGGUCCUAUCUGAAAGUGGCAGAGGUGGUGAAUUCAGAGAAGCGAUUGUUCGGUCGUUACUAUAGAGUCGCGUUUUAUGGGCAGGGGUUCUUUGAAGAGGAGGAAGGUAAAGAGUAUAUCUACAAAGAGCCAAAGCUGACGGGUCUCUCGGAGAUUUCCCAAAGACUUCUCAAGCUCUAUGCAGACAAAUUUGGGGCAGACAACGUGAAGAUAAUUCAAGACUCCAACAAGGUAAACCCCAAGGAUCUGGAUCCCAAAUAUGCCUACAUUCAGGUGACCUAUGUCACACCAUUCUUUGAGGAGAAGGAAAUAGAGGACCGGAAGACAGACUUUGAAAUGCACCACAACAUCAAUCGCUUUGUCUUUGAGACGCCCUUCACUCUGUCAGGCAAGAAGCACGGUGGAGUGGCUGAGCAGUGCAAGCGGAGGACAGUCCUGACCACAAGCCACUUGUUCCCUUACGUGAAGAAGAGGAUCCAGGUCAUCAGCCAGUCAAGCACAGAACUGAAUCCUAUUGAAGUGGCAAUCGAUGAGAUGUCCAAGAAGGUCUCUGAGCUUAAUCAGCUGUGCACGACAGAGGAGGUGGACAUGAUCAGACUUCAGCUCAAACUCCAGGGCAGUGUCAGUGUGAAGGUCAAUGCUGGGCCAAUGGCUUAUGCUCGAGCCUUUCUUGAAGAAACUAAUGCAAAGAAGUAUCCUGACAACCAAGUAAAGCUACUGAAGGAAAUAUUCAGGCAAUUUGCAGACGCGUGUGGGCAAGCUCUUGAUGUGAAUGAGCGCCUCAUCAAGGAGGACCAGCUAGAAUAUCAGGAAGAACUGAGGUCCCAUUAUAAGGACAUGCUCGGGGAACUUUCUGCCAUCAUGAAUGAGCAGCUCUGUCGUGGUCCAUGUCUAUACAGCUUCUGCUCCUCUGUGUCUAGCAUUUCCCUCAGUACUGUGAGCAAAAGUGGUAUGUUUUUCUCUUCGUAUGUCUGUCCUGUCCUACAGCCUCUGUCCACCCAUCUCUGCACAUCACUAGUCCUGUGCCCCAGUCAGCGUGGGUGGCUCAGCUUGUUAAGUCUUCAUUGACACAUGACGACAUGUCCUGUUGACAGCUUAGCUUUCAGAAAGAACACUCGUGCUCCUUCACCUCCUAAAUUUAAUGUAAAAAUAGAAAUAUUUUUUAAAAAGAACCAAAAUGUGUUCAUGAUACCUCAAAAUAUGAAAGAAAAACACAAAGGCUAGGUGUUGAGGAGAGAAACACAAAAUGGGGAGGGGAGUUGUAAAGAAAACCUUUAAAAAGAGAAGGAAAAGUUGACUCUCUGCUUCCUGGAAACCAAUCAAAGAGAAAAACCUGAUGGAUUUCACCAGUCUCCUUAUUCAGUAAAAGAAAUAUAUCUGUUGUAGAGAAAGGUGAUUUUCCAGAUGGUCUUGAGCAUAUAAUGGGGCCUCGUCACGUAGGUGAAUAUUUUCCUUUGUCUGAACGUGAGCAUGCAUAAAGCAGGUGCACAGAUAACUAAGUGCUGACAGAACUGACCAGCAGAGCUUUGAAAAUCAGGAAUAGUUUGAACCAACUGACAUAGAAACAGAAACACAAAAUUAAUUAUGCACUACACACCCCCACAGGGCCAAGAAAGAGUCUUAGCUUGAAAAUU